GGUUCGUCUCCGGCUCUCCGCCUAUGUCGAUUUCGAAGGUUGUGAAUACCAGUUCUAUUAUGGCGGUCCAAAGGGCAGCUCAUCUUCCUAAUCGAGAUUUGGGCCUACGUGGUUCAUCCUCUGAGCCAUUGUCUCAUGUCACGCCUUCUAGGGUUACUGUUCCAUCUUUGACUAUACUUGUUUCUUCGUUGGUUUCAGGCCUGAGAUCUUCUGCUAUUGCUCCUCUUAGUCCUCAAUCUGCUAUGGUUGAAUCUCAGGCGAAUCUAUACUCGAGCUGGGCUGCGGUGGUUCAUGAUGGUUCUCAUGUUGCAUGUGCUCCUCCCGUUGCUUCCCCUGUUUCAGUUCCUUUGGUGAAUAAUGCUACCAUUCCACAACCUGUGUCCAAAUUUGUAGAAGGAUAUGAAAAGUUCUGGUAGAUUCUUUACUUGGUCCAAUAAGCGUGCUGGUGAGGAGAGAAUUCUUAGUAAGAUUGAUCGGGUUCUCUGUAAUGAUUUGUGGGUUAUUCAAUGACCACAUAUUGAAGCUAUCUUUUUGCCUGAGGAGUCCUUUGAUGAUUCCUCUAUGCUAAUUAGAUUCAUGAAAUCACAGAGAAGGAAGAGUGGCUUCAAAUUCUGUAAUCACUGGGCUCAAAAGGAGAAUUUCAUAGAUACUGUUGAGAGUAUUUUGUGUCAGGAUGUUCAGGGGCAUAAAAGGCUAAAGACCAUCCUCAGAGACACUUUUCAUAGGGUUCCUGUGCAGCAAGCUUUGGAGCAUGCUGAAGCCUAACUCUUGCUGGCACAAUCCAUGUUGCAUUCUGAUCCACUUGUCACUGCUUAUGUUGAUGCUGAGGUGAAGGCUGCUGAGAGUCUUAAACGAGCUAAGCAGGAUUACUCUAUUUAUAUGCAACAGAUAGGCAAAGUGCAAUGGAUAAAGUUUGGCGAUGAGAAUUCCAGAGUUUUUCAUCAGAGUAUCCGACAGAGACGGGUUACUAAUAUUAUUUCCUCCCUUCACCUUGAGCUGGUUAGUGAUCCUAACUUGAUUCAAAAUGUUUUCAUAUCCUUUUACUCUGAUAUAUUAUGUAGUUCUUUGAAGCAUCGAAGGAGAAUUAAUAUGAUGGUGAUUUCCACUGACCCUGUCUUGUCAGCUAGUCAAAGAGAGGCCUCUCCCUCUCCUUGUCUAAGCAGGAAAUUAAGGAUGCUUUAUGGAGUAUUCCUGAUGAUAAAGCUCCUGGUCUUGAUGGUUAUAAUAGCAAGUUCUAUAAGGCUGCUUAGCCUAUUGUUGGUGAUGAUUUGAUUGAUGCUGUGCAGUCUUUCUUUUCCUCUAGUAAACUCUUGAAGCAAUGGAAUUCCACAGCUAUUAUUCUUGUCCCCAAGGUUAAAAGUCUUUCUUCUUCAAGGGAUUAUAGACCCAUUGCUUGUUGUCAUACUAUAUAUAAGUCUAUCUCUAAGUUCAUUUGUUCCAGACUUACUUUGGUCCUCAGUGAUAUUGUUAGUCUUAACCAAGGGGCUUUUGUGAAGGGUAGGAGUAUUAUUCAUAACAUUCUCCUAUGUAAGGAGAUUGUUAGACAUUACUCUAGGAAAAACUGUUCCCCUAGCUGUUUGAUCAAGGUGGAUUUGAGCAAAGCUUAUGAUACCAUGGAUUGGUUGUUUAUUAAAGACAUGCUUGUUGCCCUUGGUUCCCCAAUAGAUGGAAGGUAUCUAAGUUCAUGAAGAAGAUUGCUAUUGCCUCUGUUAGUAAUCUGAUUUAUUUGAUUUGGAAAGCGCGAAUGAUUGUAUUUGGCAGCUCAAGCUUAGCACCCCUGAAGCUGUGAUGAAGAGUAGCAUUAAGCUUCGUAUUUUCAGUUUGUAGCCUGAGUCUAUUUCCAUGUAUAAGGAUCUCCUAGAGUAAUCCUCUUGUUUUUGAUUCUGUUUUGAGGCUUGUUGGCCUUCUCUGGUUUUGUAUUCGCUUUGUUUGGAAUUAAUGAAAUAUUAUU